UAAAAGCAAAAUAUCAUCAAACCUUCCUACCUAGUAUAUAUAUAUUAUAUGAUGUGAAAAUAUAAUUUUUUCUUUCUCUCCGUAAAUACAUCGUAAAUCUAUAUACGCAGAACAUAGGCAAAAUCAUCUUAUUAAUUAAAAAUUCGUAUAAUUCACUGAUAAGGAAUUAACCGGAAAAAUGGGAUUCCGUGAAAACGAUUCGAAAUUACUAGCAGCAAAAAAAUCAAUAUUCAGGAGAGAGAGUCAUUCAUCCUUGAUCUCAACCAAAUUCAAGUCGUAUAAUAUUCCAGGAACUAUAGUAUUAAUUUGGGGUAUAACAAUGAUGUUGAUCACGUCUCCCGUAUACGCUCAUAUCAGGUUAACUUAUCCUCCUGCCAGAUCGUAUCAAUUCGAUUUUUUAGAUAACGUUAGAACAUCUGGCCCAUGUGGAAUCCCUACAAAAAUAGGUCCUACCACAAAUAUUUUACCCGGUUCAACUUUCGAUAUAACAUGGCACUUGGGUUACCCGCAUAAAGGUGGAUUUAGGAUCGAAUUGAUAAAUUCUAAAGAUGAAGUGAUCAUGGUCUUAGCUCCUAACUCAUCAAAUAUAACUUUUGCAGAAACCGGAGAUGCUACUGUCCAAAAACAACAAGUGACCAUUCCUUCCAUUUUAACAUGCGAAAAUUGUUUUAUUCGUUUGCUCCGACAAGCUAAAGAAUGGUCGGCUGGCUCAAAUGGAUAUCUAUUUUGGAGUUGCGCUGAUGUUAAUAUUAUGCCAGGAUUGGAUCCCUGCAAACCAAAUGGAGUUUCCAGAUAUGGCAAUUGCGAAUGCAACAAAAAUUUUAUGGGAAUAUUUUGCGAAAAUCAGAAUGAUUGCGAUACAGACGCGGAUUGUAAUAACAAUGGUAAAUGUAUCGACAUAAAUGCCACCACGUUCCCCACCAAAGUUUGUUUUUGUAAAUGGGGAUUCUUGGAUAAGGAUUGUUCUAGAAAAUCAUCGAUAGACUCGUGGGAUUUUGAUCCGAUCUUGUAUAACGUUAGAGAUCUUGCAACACAACCCGGAAGUGAAUACAAAUUAUAUUGGAGAAUUUUAAACGAGAGCAAUGAAAUCGAAAUGGUGCUACAAGCUAAUUCUACCAAUUGGUUAGGGAUUGGAUGGAGGCCCAACAAUUUAAGAUCAAAAUGCCAACAUUAUCCUAUAAAUCUUGAAAGAGGUGGUAAUCCCAUAUACCCCAAACUUAUAAAUUAUCCCGCUUAUGAUAUACCAGUUAGCGAAAAUCGACCAUCGAGCGAACCAAAUAAGAAUAGGCCACUCCCUGAAAUAGCUAAAUUAGGGGAGGACGAACAAUUGCUGGAAACUAGAUUUCCGUUGACGCCAUUACGCGAGGGAGAAGAAGUCCCUGCAGACAAAAAUAUAACUUUAAGAAAUACACCUCUAUCUGAAGGUGAACCUUCAAUCAGUGAACCAAUUCCAAAAAUUGGAAAUAAUAUCGUGCCAAAAAGUGAGAUCGCUGCAACGAAAAAUUUACCGACUUCUGAAGGCAAACCGCUUCCAGAGGGAGAACUAGUUUCAACUAAAAUGUCCGAGCGUAAUAAAGCGUCGAUCGGUGAGCCUAUACCUAAACCCGAAGGUGAAGCAACGGCAAAGACACAUCUCUUACCCCUUAACACACCAAAAUUGGAGCCCCCUCAAUCAGAAACAGUAAGGGCCGCUAUACAGAACGAUAAAGACAUUCGUAAAAAUUUUAACACCAUUCCCAAGUCAUUCACCAUAAUAAAUUCGACCAAUAACACUCUAUAUUUAAUUCCGUCUCAUAGAAAAAAAAGACAGCUAAGUGACACGAGUACGACAUUAUCAUUCGUUACAUUUCCGACCACUCUCAUCAGCGCAUUUAUAACUUCCUCUUCCUUGACUAUGGGUCCGAAUAAAAAGGUUUUGGAUAUAGCGCGCAUUAUGACUGCUAUAAAAUCGAAAGAUCCAGUCGGUGAUAAAAACCUAGGAACGGUUCCUAUUUCUGAGAGUAUUAAUAAUGGAAAUAAUAUAUUGAGGGCAAAUAAUAAGAGAACUACCCCUAAACAAAUCAAUUCGAAAUAUUAUUUUUUAUUCACUACGGUGAAUAAUACGCGAGUGAAAAUAAUAACGACACCACCGCCUCUAAUUAACACGAGUGGAAUUCCCAUUCCCCUAUCGGAAGGUGACAGUGAUAAUUUGCAGAAAUUUAAUUUUGGAUCAGCUAACGUUACAGCCUACACUAAUAAACAAACGUCCGAUUUAAUAGUGCUAACUAAAUUAAAUUCCGCCAUUCCUUCAUCCGAGACCUCUCCCGCUGUAUCAGUGGCGGAAGUAAUUCCAAAGGCGGAGGCUAAGCCAGAAACUAUUAGUGAACCGAUUAAUAAAAAUGCACCCGGUAUAUCAGUGGCAGAAGUAAUUCCAAAGGCGGAAGCUAAGCCAGAAACUAUUAGUGAACCGAUUAGUGAAAAGGCCAUCCCGCAAUCUGAAAGUAUCUUAUCUAAAACUCCACCUGUAAAGAAUAUUCCAGUGUCCGAGGAAGAUCUCGAUAAUAUCGCUACUAAGGGUAAUCCAAUUCACCCUAUGGAUUGCAUGGAUAUGGUUAUAGGUAUGGCGCGAGAUUAUUAUUUUAGAAUAGAUGAUUAUUAUUCUAGAGACAGGUCCACACCUAUGCUAGACACCGUAUUUGGUGGAAGAAAUGAUAUUACAGGAGCUAUGGGUUACGAAAAAGAUGGGCAAACAACCAUAUUAUUUCGCAAAAAAUUGAAAUCCUCUGACUUAGCCGAUCACAGUAUCAUAGACGACCUUAUGCACGUAUCCUGGGCUAAAGGUCAAAAUAUAAAGGCUCCUUAUCACAACCCUCAUUCAGGAAUUGAGCAGGGUAGCGCAAAUGAUAAAAUGUUUUAUCGCGACGAUGAACUUAAAUAUCACGGCACUAAUGGAAAUCAAAGAGGGUCGCAAACGUUCAAUUUUUAUGAUAAACUUCCAUCGAUAAAAAGCCCAACUUCCGUCAUAUUACCUAGUCAUGUCCCAUUAAACGGGUCCUCUUCAUCGAGUCUAAACGCCAGUAGUAAUAUCAAUAAAUGCGAUAUAACGGAAUGGAAAUAUCCCAAAGAUUGUGUAGAGGAUGAAUGCGUAUACAAGGCCACUUGGAUUUACGAACCGGAAACGGAUAAAAUAGCGUUCACCAUUAAAUCCAAAGCCUCCAUCACAAAAUGGACAGGUAUUGGAUUUUCCAAGGGCCGUGUAAUGCCUAACUCUGACGUUAUAUUCGGCUGGGUCACUGCUGAAGGAAAAGUCGUUGUGUUUGACGGAUGGGCUGAAGGAAAAAGAGAACCUAUCAAAGAUGUUCAGCAAGAUUUAAGUGACAUAGAAGGCGGAUACGCUAAUAAUACAAUCACAUUGAAAUUCAAACGUAAAAGAAACACGGGAGAUUUGAUUCAUGAUAUUCAAUUUACGGAUUCACAAUGCAAUUAUAUCUUUUUCCCAUAUUCUGCUGGUGAAUGGAAAGAAGAUAACGCUAUUACAAAACACGAAAGUAACCCCUUUGUCACUGCGGAACCAAUUUGCGUUAGAAAUUGCCUCAGUAGUCUCAAUAAAACCGACACACCUAAUCUAGUCACCACGACAAAUAACCUAAGCGACAAGACAGGGGCGGCUUUUAACAUGUCUUUCAUAUCGCCGAUGGAUUGGAACGAAAACUUAGUCGACCCUAGAAAUCCUGAUUAUCAACUUUUAGCCAAUCGAAUACGUGUGAACGUCAGAGAUUCUCUGAAGCAAAUACCGGAAUUUCGAGAUUUUCAAGUGACCAAAUUAAGUAAAGGUAGCAUUAUGGUGGACUCCAAAUUCGCGAUACUUGGCGAUAACCCAGAAACUGCCAAAAAAAUUAAAGAAACUUUGAUAAUGUCAGCUUCAAAGGGAAGGAUAGGUGAUAUUGAAGUAGCUCCAAGCUCACUCAAUUUUAAUUCUAUAGGUUGCUAUGCCCAAGAAAAUUUUUACAACUCGGGUGACAAAUUUUACCUUUCCAACCCUGCUUACGAUGUAUGCCACAGUUGUGUUUGUCAAACAAAUCAAAGCUCCACCUGCGAGAGAGCUCCAUGUCCGAGCCCUAUGGAUAUCAUCAGAUCCUUAAAUCCACCAUCAUCUACAUUCGAUGAUAUAUCUAAUAAUAAAAACCCUAACUCAGCGCCGAGCACUGGAAUAUCCUCAAGUAAGUUUAUCAUACGGGGUUGUCUUAUAUCUCUCUUCAUAUUCAAACUCCUUUUUUAGGCCUUGAAAAAAUGUUUUAUUUUCUAAUAAAAUA